UCCUAUGGGUCAAAUGUGAUGUCCGAUCAAAAGUCUUCUAUGGACGCGGUUCACAGGAUGGAAAAUACAUACUGAUUAUUUUUAAAGGAACACACACAUAGGCAGACAGAAUAAUAACUCGAAGUAACUAAGUAACGGUAAAUUACAAAUUUAUAGAACUGCACGCACAUAGAAUUAAAAAAUUAUAUAGUAAGUUGAGAAGUUCGGUUGGGUUUACUCUGAUGAUUAGAAUUUGGAACUGAGCUCAAAUCUGAAUAGGGAAUAUAUAUUUUAUAAAGGCGGGCAGAUUUGUGGCUAUAGCCAGCAACGGAAUUGCUAGACACUCAAUGGGGCUAUAUAGUGCAACGCUUUGGACUAUAAAUUAGGUAAGAAUAGUUUAAUCGUAAGAAGUUGUGAUUGUUUUUCCGAGUAUUGAGUUUUGGUUAAGGUAACGCCAGUGAAUUUGAACAAAAAAUGACAUAUUCUAAAAAUGAUCUGAAUUCCGUUCUCAUUGCGGGGAACAAAUAAAAUGUCUUAUUUUAAAAGGGACAGUGCACGGUAAUCACAGUGGUUGGAGUGUAUGACAGGGGAAAAAAUAUUGUGGGACGACAAGUCGAAGAUAGAAAAAUAAGUUACAUGAUACAUCAAGAGAUUUAAAACGAACGAUGUGAAGGGAUCAUCAGAAUUAUUGGGUGUCGUUGUAGGAGUGAAAGUUUGGGUUAAGGGGAUUUCCCUGUUCCCAGAGACAAGGCAUUUUAAAGGCGUACACUCACUAAUGCUGGUCUGAGUUUGUAAUUAGACAAGUGAAUAAUGUAUUGGGAAGAGAGUUGUAAUUAAAAUACUAAGUCAAAGACGAGACAGGUACUUAGAGCAAAAUGGAUUCUAAAUGAUAACAAAGAGACAAUUAUGAUUUAUGCCCAUCGAAAAGCUUUUAUAAAAUUAGCGAAUUUAGAGAUGUUGGUUGGGGUGGUAAAUUAUAAUUCAGGAUUUGAACAGUUGUGAUAAAUAAGGUUUGGUUAAUCGAACAAGAAUUAUUUACAAUUCAUUUGAAGUCGCUACGAAUUGGCAGGUUGAGCGCUUGAUGAUGACGUCACUAGCAAGGCACUUUUGUCACUGGGGAUAACGGAGCAAAUCGUAUGGCUGUUAGUGUGUGGAUCGAGGUUUCGAGUAACUUUUCAGAAGUUGAUAUAAAAGUGUUUUGUUUAUUUGUUUACUGGUUAUGGUCAAUUUUAUGGUUUGAUUUAACUUAGUUGAACAGUGUGUUCUGGCGGGUUUAGGUAGAACUCUUUGUUCCGUGACGGAUGGGAGUUACCCAAAAGUAAGUAAAUUAAAGGAGCCAUGAGGGAAUGCAAAUGCAUAUUUAUUAAAUAUCGGGGAUUAAAUUACGGAUUCCUUACACUAUGAAAUGUACGACAUUUGCGGCAGAGAGAAAAAGUAAUGCAUUGGAUAAUAAUGUUAUCGGGUUAAUUGUAUCUAAAGGUAGCAUGGUCAUUUAAGUAAACAUAUCCGUAGACGAUGUUUAAAACUUAUGAUUAAUGAUUUGAGUCAAAGGGGAAUUAUCAUUAGGUUUUAGUUAUAGUUCACUUAUUGAGUUUCUGAUUCGAGGUAGCAUUAGUGAAUGAUAGUUAGGGGUGUGGUGUCUCACUUUUAGAGGCCUCCUGGGAUUAUAAUUUUGGGGAGAGUGGGGGAGAGAGCAGCUUUAAACGACCAAAUUGAAAAAGGUCUGCAAAUUAUAUAUAUAUAAAACAACUGUUAGAACGAUUUGUUUUAGUGCAAGGGUAUUUUAAAGAGGCACGCUCACAUAUAGAACCUUAUGAGAUGUUUUUUUAUGGGUUUGAAUUAUACAGGUGACUAUUUCUAUUGUAAGGAUAAAGGGUUCUUUAUGCCUAAUAUGGUAUGACCUUUUGACCUUAUCAUGACUGGCUUCUGAGGUCUGAUCAGCCUCAGGGGAGAGUCAUUUGUAUAAUGAAUGGGGUCAUAUUGAGUUACUAGUUUUAAGGUAAAUUCAUUAGAAAUGAAGCAGUUUUGGUUGAGGGCUUAGAAUUACUGUUUGAACCGCAAAUGAGAAAGUGGUUCAGGAUUCUGUCUUAUAACAUUAGCUGUGAAGUUUUUUGAAUGGGCUAUUAGGGAUUUGGUAUUGUAACAGGGAGAAAGUCAUAUUUAUCAUUGAGAAUAAAUAGGGGAAGAUAACAUAUUUUGAGCCAACAGGGCAGGGAAGAAAUCGAGAUAUUUUUGUUUGGUUUUAACACUCGUGUACAGGAAUGUCAAAAGACGGGGGACAUUACCUGUGUAAUGGGGGAGGGUGUCCGUAUGGGGAUUACAUGAUAACCAACUUGGGACAGUUCUGGGAUUGGAGAAGAGGAUAUCCUUAUAGCAUUAGGGGAUCCCACAAAGGUGGAUAGGUUUUCCAUGAUAUGGGGGAAACCUGGGAGCACUGUUGAACUUUGUAAAUGAAAUCCUACUAACCAUCAAAACUAUUAAGCUCUCUGAUGCAGGCACUUACACCCUCAGACUACAAAGGACCAUGUCAGACACGAUGGGUGUGUUUUCUAUUAAGGUACUGCCAAAACCAGAGGUCCCAGACGAACCAGGGCCAGACACACUCCUCUACCACCCCUGGACCGAACCUGCUACUACUGGGUUAAAAAUCCCAUUCAGUUUUAUGCCCAGCAGGAGAACUACAGAAGGAGGUGGCACACGAGAUUCAACCAGGAGACUGGGUCUGGGUCCAAUCACUAAAGAAAAAAAACUGGAAGCAGCCUCGGUGGGAGGGACCAUUCCAAGUACUACUGGUGACUGCCUUCGCUGUGAGAUUAGCCGAAAGAGCUACCUGGGUGCAUAUCACACAUUGUAAGAGGGUAAGGCACGCUAACACUGUCGAACAAUCACAGGAGUAGGAGAGGAACCGUGACCCAUAUGGAACGGGGGUCAAACUCCUUCUGAAGAUUCCCUAUACCCGACCUUUCCCCAGCUGUGAGCGUUCAUAGAAGUGAAGUGAUGGCUUGGCCUCUGGCUGUUGAUAUGUUCUCAGGGAGAGGGUGGGGCUUCACGUGUGUGCUGACCAUCCUGAGCUGUUUUAUUGUGGGGGCCAUAUUCCUGAUUCACCAUGAUCCCCCGGAGAGUGCCAAAGAGGAUCAUUUGACUCAUGUGCUAGAUGAGGGAAAUGGGAUGUUACCAAAGAUUCUCAAAAGGUCACUGAAACAAAACAGUAAGGAAGUGAGGGUGGAAUUGGGCAAGGAUCUCUCAGUAGAAUUUUGUGUAGACCAAUUGGGGUCAUUCACUCCUUGGCAGUCUAGAACCAUGGGACUCUAUGGGAAGUAUUUGUGUAAAUCACCGUGUAAGUCGUGGAGCCAGGUCAUAGCUCACACUGAAAGGGAUGGCUAUGUAAACCCAUACACUCAAUUUGGGACCAGGUGGAGUAUAGUAAGGGUUGGCGUUUUGGACUGUGUUCCCGAGCAGAGGAAGUAUUGUAUAAAGGUGCGAAUUAACAUUAAGGCGGUCAAUACUCAGGACCUCGGGUAAUGUUAUGCCUGUGCAAACGCAAAACCCCAGUUAACAACUAUCCCUUUCCCACUGAACGGAAUUAAUUCCCCUACGGGAAUGGCAUGUAUGGUAAAGCUGUUUGUGAAAGCAGGAAUGCCAGAUAAUGACAGUUGUAUUGAUUUGCACUAUUUAUAUCCCCAGGUUCCCCUUAAAUCAAGACUUCCUCCCUUUACCGUGACGAGAGGAGAAUAUUACUGUUUGGCCAGAUACAGUACACAUGGGAAAUACGUGGGGGAAGUUAGUACUUGCAAUAAGACAGAGAAUAUGACCACUGACGAGACCAUGUCUGAAUUGACAGGCUGGUUGAACUCUGGGGAUUUCAAUAAAAUAAAAUGUGCCAGUGUUGACACCUAGUGGUUGUGUGGGUCAUGUGCAGACAACAGGACAUUAAGUUAUCUAAAAGGGAAAAGAGAAGCACUUCAUCUGGGUCAUUUGAUGACAAGGUAUACAUUGAUAACAUUGGGGUUCCAGGAGAGGUGCCAGAUGAGUCAAAGCAAGAAAUCAGAUCCUAGCAGGAUUAGAGUUAAGCAUUUCCGGGGUUCUACUCUCACAAGAGCGUGGACUGGAUUAAUUAUAGUUAUGAUAAUCAACAGCGCUUUAGCAGGAAUACCAAAGGUGUUAUUAAAGGUUUUGUAGAACAGACUGAAGCAACCAGCUGGAGGACCUGACAGAAUAGAAUUGCAUUAGAUAAAAGGGGGAAGUGGGCGUGAUAAUCAGGACCAUGUCUUACAUCCCGGGGUAACACAGCUCCGGACGAAUCAGUGCCCGAAGCCUCAGCUGGUUUGACCACCCUGGCUCACGGGUUGGCAGAAAACUCUGGGGUGAAUACUUCCCUGACUAAUUGGUUUGAUAGUACGUUUGGAAAAUGGAAAAAUGUUAUAAUCACGGUGUUAUGGGCGGAAUCCACCUGCAUGACUGUUUUAAUUUUAUGCGGCUGUUGUCUAAUUCCCUGUGUGCAAGGCCUUGUUUCCAGGACUCUGGAGAGAUCAAUGACACUACAGAUGGCGUUAUGGGCCGAUUCCAGGUACUGACCUUUGGAGGACUGAAGGCAUGUCUACAGAGGAAGUGGACGAAUCUGAAUCUGUCAUUUGUGGGGAAUUUAUGUUUGAUGAGAAUAGUGUUGAGAUGAAGGGGAAUUAGAUUGUAAUUUGUUUCAAUGAUUAAACUGUUUUUUAAUAAAGAUUGUAAAAAAAAAAUCUUGGUGGUCAGUCCAGAUGAGAUUUUGGUGGUCAGUCCAGAUGAGAAAAGGUAUUUAGCCCCCUCAAGCCAAUGUCUCCACGCCUUCAAAGCCCUGAUGACAGCCAACAGCUCCCGGUUCCCCACGUCAUAGUUUUGCUCCGCAGGGCUGAGCUUCCUCAGGAAGAAAACACAGGGGCGGAGCUUUGGUGGCGUACCCGAGCGCUGAGAGAGCACGGCUCCUAUCCCAGCCUCGGACACGUCCACCUCCACUAUGAAUGCCAAAGAGGGAUCUGGAUGGGCCAGCACGGGAGCCGAGGCAAACAGAGCCCUCAGGUGACCAAAAGCCAUGUCCGCCUCAGCCAACCACUGCAAACUAACGAGUCCCACGAGAGGCAGCCCCAAAACAAAUUUGGUGGGGCGGCACACGGGGAGAUUGGCGGAGGUAGGGUUUAAACCUGAGCCAACUCCCCGUGCUUACCGUAUGGCGCGUGUGACUGGUCAGGCACCGUGUUAUGCAGUGAUGCGCACGGUGUCUCCUGUACGCAUUCAAAGCCCGGUGCACUCUGUUCCAGCUCCCCGCAAUUGCUGUGCUAGAAUGGGACGGAUUGCACCGGCUCAGUGCUCCUGGCCCUCCGGUGCAUCUCUUCGGUCCAGGAUAUCCUGCACCAGCUCUACGCACGGUAUCACCAGUUCGCCAGCACAGCCCAGUGCGAACUGUUCCAGCUCCCCGCACUUUCCGUGCUACAGGGGGGAUUCAGCCAGGAUGCGUUGUGCCAGCUCUGCGCUCUAGACCUCCAGUGCGCCUCCACGGCCCAGCAUAACUUGCGCCAGCUCUAUGCACUAUGUCUCCUUCAUAGCCCAGUGCGUCCCGUGCCAGCUCUCCAUAAUCACUGAGCCAGGAUGUGUUGUGGCAGCUCCCCGCACCAGGCUUCCAGUACGUCUCCUCAGUCUGGUGAAAUCUGUUCCGGCUCCAUGUACGAAGCCUCCAGUGAUGAUCCAUGGCCCGAAGCCUCCUGUGAUGAUCCAUGGUACGAAGCAUCCAGUGAGGAUCCAUGGCACGAAGCCUCCAGUGAUGAUCCAUGGCCCGGAGCCUGCAGUGAUGAUCCAUGGCACGGAGCCUCCAGUGAUGAUCCAUGGCACUGAGCCUUCAGCGAGUGUUCCAAGUCCGGAGCCUUCAGCGAGGGUUCCCAGUCCAGAGCCUUCAGCGAAGGUUCCCAGUCCAGAACCUUCAGCGAGGGUUCCCAGUCCAGAGCUCCCAGCGAGGGUUCCCAGUCCAGAGCCUUCAGCGAAGGUUCCCAGUCUAGAGCCUUCAGCGAGGGUGCCCAGUCCAGAGCUUCCAGCGAGGGUUCCCAGUCCAGUGCCUUCAGCGAGAGUUCCCAGUACAGAGUCUUCAGCGAGGGUUACCAAUCCGGAGUCUCCAGCGACGGUCCGCAGUCCAGAGCCUCCAGCGGCGGUCCGCAGUCCGGAGCCUCCAGCGACGGUCUGCAGUCCCAAGCCUCCAGCGACGGUCUGCAGUCCCGAGCCUCCAGCGACGGUCUGCAGUCCCGAGCCUCCAGCGUCAAUCCGUAGUCCCGAACCUCAAGCGGCGAUCCGCAGUCCCGAGCCUCCAGCGGUGGACUCCAGUCCAGAGCCUCCGGCGAUGUUCUACAGUCUGGAGGUCCCGGCGACGAUCCCUGCACCGGAGGCUGCACUGAAGUGGGGGGAGCCUAAAGCGAAGCGGGGUGUGCGUCCCAUUUUGUAGCCCCCACCGAGAGUAGAUGCCCACCCGCACC